AUGAGCGGGCUCGCCGGGGCUGUUAACGGCAUGGCCCAGGAAGAUGAACUGGACGCGCGACAAGACCAAGGUGUAGGGCGGACUCCCGAGCGGGACUUUGUACUCAAGACGAUGGCGGAGGAAGGAUUCGGCAGGAGGAGCGCACAGCAGCAAUGCGGCAACGGCCGUGAGUUCAACAUCGACGGAGCGCUCAUUGCGUUCAAGGCGAACUGCUCUACCGACGGCUUCCAGACGUUGACGAAGAGACCUGUGAAGGAGAGCGACGCAGCGAGCACCAUUUUCGCCAAGGACGAGGAGGAGGGAGGGGGAGCACGGAGAGCCUCACAUUUCCUGGCGCGUGACGUGACGAUAACCAUGGCGCAGUGGCUGCUGCUUUUACCUCUGUUCUACCUGUUCUCCAUCGCUGCAUCAAUUGACGUCGACCCGAGUCGCAGCCCCGUUGUCGCUCUACUGCCGCGCCACCUCGUCGCGUUCUACCCGCUGCUCUCGGACUCUCUGGACUACGCCCCCGACGGCUAUAUCAACGGCUACAGCCAAGAUGCGCUCCUCACACGCCGUUCUAUCGCCGGUUCUACCUCUGCCAGCACUGCAGCCAUCACACAGAAGCUCGGACUGCGACUGGAGCAAGGCACCGGCCUGGACCUCCCACUCAAUGUCAACAGCCGCAACUUCCCCCAGCUCACGGUGGGCGGCUGGGUCCAGGCUCGGGAAACAAUGGCCGUCACCCAGGGGUGCUUACUAUCGCAGAAUGGCUCGACUGUGGGGAGGUCGGUGUGUGUGGAUCGAGGGAGGUGGGUCGUGGGGGGUCUGGAGGCUGCUGGGGCGAGGGUGAAGGUGGAUCAGUGGUCGUUCGUCGCUGCAGCGUUCAAUGGCAGUUCGACACAUUUUUACGUCGAUGGGGAGGUGAUGGCAGUCGACUCGGAGGCGAAGAGUGUGGCCGGCCAGUUGCUGGUCGCUGGAGCUGCGGUGGAUCAGCCGUUGGGCAGCUUCUCGGGAUACCUAAAGUCCGUGUUUGUGUUCGCUGUGGCGCUGUCCAGGACGGAGCUGGACUAUUUGAUGACGGCGAAAGAUGUGGCGGCAAAGGUACCGGGAGACGCGGCCCCGGUGCCAGCUCCAGUCGUUGAUCCGGUGGAGAAGACAGAGCCGAUCCCCCAUUUUUACCUGAAAGACCGGCUAGAUCAUCUCGUCAGCGCACGACAAGUGAUCGACCCUGAUGGGGACGAGUACAAUGCUGCGUUGCCAACGAUUGAUGAUACGGAGCUGCUGUCUGUGGAGUUGGUGUACAAUGACGACGUUGUAAGCAGCGAUACGGUGGUGAACACGUCUACAGUCCCGUUGAAAUUGACUUCAGUCGACCCGGUACAGCGAGAGGUUCAUGUGGGGUCGGAGGUGACGGUGCAAGCAGUGAAUGUCUCUGUCAACGGCGUGGACUACUCCAAUGAGCCCGUGGAAUUAGAAUUUAUUGAUCUUCCAUCUUUUACUUCGCUGUCGCCGGACAAUGGGCCUGCUGGUGGCGGAACAACAGUGACGAUUUACGGACAAGACUUCCGUGAAGAUACGCGCUACGCUAUUCUCUUCCAACCGGAUAUGCAGACGGAUGCUACGUUCGUGAGCGAGAAUUCCCUAUCAUGGACGACCACUGCGGUAAAUUUCACAGGCAUCGCGGAUCUCAAGCUGGCAGUCGAAGGUGUUGUAUUCCCUGAAAUUCCAAGCCUCCAAUUCAUGUUCACCGUCACACCACAGCCCACGUCAGUGUUUCCGCGACUUUUGCCUGUUCACUCGGAGACAAUUCUGACGAUUUCAGGAACAGGCUUCGGCGAUUUUGACGGCCUUCGCUGCUCUUUCGUGAGACUUGGAGCCGACAGCGAAGCGAUAAACGCGCAAACCAAGACGACUUCGGCUACAUUCGUGACGAACUCGAUCAUUCAGUGUCCAACGCCGCGUUUCGAUGUUAAAGGGUCGUAUGGAGUCGCGGUAUCAAAUAAUGCGCAGGAUUAUUCCGGACAACGCGAUGCUGUGACUAUCACCGUCCACGGAGACGUUGAGCUGGAACAUGCAUCAGUACUGUCCGGGCCAGCGACGGGAGGAACUGUGGUGAAUAUCACGGGAACGAACUUUGUGCCUUCAGCAGAUGUGGCUUGCAAAUUCGGCACAAGUCGAGCUCGGGGCUCUUUUGUGUCGGAUUCGACGAUCCAAUGCGUGAGCCCUGCUUGGAUUCCAACGACUGUCGCUGCUGGAGUCGCUCGAGUGCCGAUUACCAUCGCCCUGAACGGGCUGGACUUCUUCAACUCGAGCGUGCCAUUCCAGUACUACGCUCCGCCCGUUAUCAGCUCGAUCUCGCCGUCGAUGGUGCCCAUAAAUGCGUCGCUGUCUCUGACUUUGUAUGGCAAUUAUUUCAUUUCGUACGGAAAAGUGGUGUGCCGCAUCGGACCAACCCUUCAAGUCGCUGGCGUGGUGGAUAUUAGCGUUUCUCUCAACACCGGGUCCGACUUCUCUCGUAGCCAAGCCAGCCUGUUCGUUCAUAACCCCAUCACAAUAACCGGCGCUGACACACCGUACGUGGCCAAGAAUCUCGAUUCCACAAUAACAGUCCGCGGACGAGGAUUUCUGCGAACUAGUGGAGUUAUCUGCGCCUUUGGACAGGAGGCAACGAGCGGAACUUUCAUUGCUGCGGAGGUCGUAACAUGCGCUAUUCCUCGUACUCUGCUCUCCAAUCGUGACUAUGAGCUACGUGUCAGUCUGAACAACGGGACGCACUUCUCUCGCGAAUCAGCGCGUGUGUGGGUGUACGACCCGCCAACGUUCAACCACGUCACAGCAACUUCUGCCGACAAGAAGGCGGUUCUCCAAGUCGCUGGCAGUGGAUUUGUGGUCAACGCAAGCGCCGCUCUCUCGAUCGACUGCGUGUUCGGCGCCUAUGGAUCGGUGCCUGCACGAGUGGAAAACGCUUCGAGUCUCGUCUGCGUUGUUCCAGAUAUUGAAUUUCCUGGGGGUACUGCGAAGACUUUGGCUCUCGAUUUCCUGGUGGGGUCGUCAAUCAUUAAAACGCCUCUGAACUUCACGUUCGAGCCGAUCUUACCGCCCAUGCCGUUGGAUCCGGGUGAAGUACCGGGAAGAGCAGCUCCAGCUUUUCUGAGUAAUUUCUCUGAUGAUCAACUAUUGGCACCUAAACCUCCAGACACGUCCGACUCACCGACCGCAGGACGAAGUAUCGAGCCUGAAGUUGGUGACAUAUCACCACAGUACGUGGAGCAGGGGGCACGAGUGAACAUCACGGUUCGCGGACAGAAUUUCGACAAGAACUCGACGUUUUGCCACUUCAGCUGUCACUCUGACGCUGUUCCUGCCAUUGUGUUGUCAAGCGCGUUUGCGUUGUGCCCCUUCGGUGGCACCGACGCUGAACCAGGGAUCAUCGCAGUAUCGCUGAGCUUCAACCGUGAUGGUUCUGCUCCCGUUACGACUCCAGCCUUUGGGGCGAGCGAACAGGGCAUUGUCUGCUUCACGCCUCCGUUUAGUCCUGGUCUGGCCACCGUCCAAGUCGCUGUGGGCGACGCGAUUUCAAGCAGCAAACUACAAUUCAAGUUUACAGUGACGAACAACAACCAGGAUUACACGUCUGAUCGCGUUGUAUUCACGUUCUAUCACCCGCUUGUUGUGGACUAUGCAACGCCCCUGGUCGGGCUAAUCGAUGAGCUCACUACGCAGAUCUUGCUGGUUGGUCAUAGUUUUCACGGAGAUGCCGAUCUGGUGUGUGGGUUUCAAGACAAGGGCAAUAGUGGCCGAAGCUUCGUGGACGCUACUCUCGUGAGUACGUCAACUAUGACAUGCACGUUGCCAACUCCUGGUGGACUGUACCCGCGCAAUUCCUCGGCAUCUAUCUCGACCAGCCUGCAAAUUCGAGAAGCGACUCAGCAGAAACCAGUGUUUGAAGCCCCUUUCCAGUAUAUUGCGAGGCCGGUUCCUCUCAGUGUCUUCCCGAAGCUGGUGCUUACUACGGGCGGACAGACAUUGACGAUAGAAGGGUCGGACUUAGCUUCGGGGAUUGAUAUCUUCUGCCAGUUCGAUUCGUACUACCCUUACGACAAGACGCCUUUCACGCAGCUGAAUGGCACACACGGGUCUUGCAGAACGCCCGAGCGACCUCCAGGGCCAGUGGAAGUGCGAUUGUGCUUACGGUACCAGAAUCAAUGCAGUCACGAGUCGCUCACCGUCUCGUACGUCCGAACCCCAAUUGUCCGAGAACUUGCACCAAAUGCACAAUCAGAGGCUGAAGGUUUUUCAAUCACAGUGAUCGGCAAAUAUUUCUACAAUGCGCCAAUGAGUUGCGCGUUCGAUGGGGUCAAGACGCCAGCUACGUUCACCAACCAAUCGGCCGUGGCAUGCCCCACUCCAGCUCUGGUGCGGCUUAUGUGUAGCAAGUUCCUGUUCUAUGUCGAUGGUGUUGAGGUUAUGGGGAAACCCUUGGACUACUGCACGCAAAUGGGUCCCUUGGUGAACUUGAUCCGUCCAGCCACUGGUCCGGAGAGUGGGGGAACGCGCGUCUUAGUGAGUGGCGGACCCUUUCGAGCGGAUAUUGGGUAUGUUUGCGAGUUUGGGAAAGCGAGUAUACCGGCCGAGUACCUGUCGACGUCGCAAAUCUUCUGUGUAUCACCCCCAAGUCGAGCAUUAUCCGUACCGUUUUCAGUCGCCGGGCAGUACUAUUCGUCCAUCCGCCUGACAUUCACGUACCAACCGGCUCCGGUUGCGACUGGAAUUGCACCAAGCCGUGGCUCGGAGCUCGGUCAGUACCAGGCGAUUAUCAGCGGCUCAAAAUUUAUUCGAGGGGCUGGUUUGAGGUGCCAAUUCGGCGUCUCGGACGUUGUCGCAGCCAAGUGGAUAUCAGAGGCGUCGAUUUCGUGUGUAGUUCCUCCCCAUAGUCCAGGCUGGGUGGACGUGCAGGUGACCAACAACCUCCAGGACUACUCGGUUCAGGGCGUGAGGUUCGAGUACGUCGUGAGCCCCGUCGUCCUUGGGUUUGAACCCACAAAAGUUUACGCCCAGGACGAAGACAAUAUCGUUCUGCACGGCCGCGACUUCCGCAACUCGAGCGACGUGCGCUGCAUCAUUGGGAACGAGCUAACCGAGGCGGCUUUCCUGUCGAGCACCAAGCUGAAGUGUGGCGCAGCCACGUUAGUCGAGACUUCGGUUGUGAUUGGCGUACUCGACCUCUCCCUGUCAACGGUCGGGGCGUUUGCAGACAAAAGGCUCGUGGUUCAGGACGACGGGGUCUGGUCACUCAGCCCCCGCGUAACUUCUGCCCGUGGUGAGACCCUUGUGACUCUCUCUCGUCUUUCGGGUGAGUCUUUGGAGUUUGGAGCAAUUUACGGCCGAUUCUGCACUCGAAACCGGAGUAUCUGCUCGGAAUUAAUCCCCACUGACUACGUACGAAAGAACCAGCUCCGUUGGCUGCCCCCGCGUUGGACGGGUACGGAUAUGUCGGGGGUGGUUGAUGUUUACAGGGUGAAGAACAGUUCGACGCCUCCUACGUCCCCGAUUGCAACAUUCCCCUACAGAUACUACCGUGAAGCUGUGCUCACAAGCUUAACGCCAUCCAUUGGAGCUCUAACUGGUGGUACAGUCGUCACUCUGUCGGGACUGCACUUCCAGGACGGACACAACCUCAGCUGUGUAGUGAAUGGAGCCACAUUCGUGCCAGCGCGGUUCAUAACGGAUACAAUGAUCAGCUGUGCGAUGCCGCUGCUGGUGUCGGGGCCUCGAACCGUUGGGGUGUUUGUGUCGUUCAAUGGACUGGAGAUCAGUGAGACCUCGCUCAGCUUCACGUACGUUGAGGAGCCGUCGGUUGCCAGCAUCUUCCCGACCGGCGGACCAGUCACUGGCACGACAGUCGUGAGCGUCGUCGGUGCGCACUUCGUCAGUACGCCGAGGAGUGUCUGCAGGUUUGGGGAUCGCUCAGUGCCAGCGAUCGUCGUCAGCUCGACCGAAGUGAGCUGCCUCGUGCAGCCAUCGACGUGGGCGUCACUUGGACAUACCCAGUUUCAAUUUUCAUCUAACGGGCAGGAAUUCUCGCGGGAAUCCGUAUUGUACUUCUUUUACGAGCACCCGUCGCUGAUUGACAUCCAACCACGCGCUGGGAGCGUCAAUGGAGGCACGAAACUAACGCUGACGUGGAAUAACACCAUUCCCGACGACUACAGAGGCAAGAACAUAUCGUGUCACAUUGGCUCGACAACAAGUGACGUGUUAGAAUCAACUGGAAAAACGCUCAGCGUCAUUGCCCCCGCAUCGAAGGACAUGGUAGAAGGGCCGGUGGCGACACAAAUCUCGCUAAACGGGCAGAACUACGUGGAAGGACCACCCUUUUGGUACCUGUUCGAGCCUCGGAUCGAUUCAAUUUACCCGAAUUCCAGCGGCGAGGCUGCUAGUUCCUGGAUCAAGGUGACUGGAGCAGGGUUCCCUCGACUAACCACACUGUCUUGUCGUUUCGGGGACUCGGGCGGAACGGUGGAGGCGUCUGCCGAGUGGGUAUCGGAGAGGCUGGUGAUCUGCCGCGCGCCACUUCAUCGUCCGGGUACGGUGGACUUCACGUUCUCAAUGAACGGAGUUGAUGCGAUCGACCCAAAGCUCAAGUUUACCUUCACGCCAAGAAUUACACUGAAAGAGUCUCACCCCAUAUCUGAGCCAACUAUUCGGGAAACCGGAGUCGACUACCCUCCAAGUGAGAGCACGUUCCAGCUUACGCCUGCGCUGGAAGUGCUCGAUAUAUCUCCAAGACACGGAUUCGUGAACCAAAGCCUCGAGGUUUUUAUCACGCUGUCCACUGCGGCAACAGACCUCGACCAGUUGACCUGCCGGGUUGGUGAGCCAGUUGUGGUGCCAGCUUUCGUGGUAUCCCGCUCCUCCAUCGUGUGUAAACUACCGGCGGUCUCAUCCCCAAGAAAUGUGACGGUGACCGUUUCUAGUAAUGGAGUAGACUAUGCCGGUGGCUCCAACACGACGAUCUCCUAUUAUCCUGCACCGCCACAAGUCGUGCCAGUAAAUCAUAGCAGUGGGUCCUCUAAAAUGAUGGGGGUCGCCAUUACACGGGAUAUUGAGGCUAUCAAGGCGAUCACCGUGCUAAGCGUUGAACCGAAGAGUGGGCCCGUACGAGGAGGCUCUAUUGUGGUCAUGGAGAUCGAUCGCGUGACGGAGUAUGACGACGAUCUUGUCUGUGUCUUUGGAAACAACACCGUUGAAGCCACCACGAUUAAGAAUGGGACGGUUGCUUGCAAAGCUCCACCGGCAAAUAUUCCAGGACGCGUGCUCGUUGGUGUAUCAUAUCGAAACGAGGCCAUGAUGCUACAACCUAUUGGUGAUCUGGGGUUCACUUACAACUUGGACGAAGUGAUAGCGUCCAUUUUCCCUGAAACUCUGGUUGCGUCCAAGCAGACUACAAACCUGACGCUGCAAGGUUUGAACUUCUUCCAGCCAGACAAGGAGUCCACCCCUUUAUGCCGAAUUGGGAGUGUUGUGACUCGAGCGGCGAUUCUUUCGUCAACUGAGGCUGUGUGCUCUUCUGUCACGCUUGUCGCUGGGGAGUAUCCGGCCGCGCUUGCUUGUGAUGGCGUCAAUUUUGUGUCCUCCGCUCAGCUAGUGACGUACCUUCCCCCCAUCUGGAUCACGGUGAUCCAGCCUCCCACCGUUGCUGUCUCCGGAGGGAUGGAAAUUGAGGUGAGAGGCUCCUCCUUCGCAGUUGGGAUGCUGCUCUACUGUAACUUCGGUCGAGGGAGGUUCAUGGUCCCAGCCAAAGUCGUUUCGUCGACAAUGCUUCGGUGCCAAACCCCAGCGGUGGGGGACUACAGCCUCACUCUACCAGUUUCGGUAUCGCUGGAGGAGGCAUCGAGCAACGAUUUGUUGUUGUCGUUUGAGGCUCCGAUCGCGUUGAUCGCAGUGACCCCAAGCUUUGGAUUUAGCACUGGCCGGACGACCGUCCGAAUUGACGUCACUCGCGCCCCCACUGCCGCCAAGAUGUCGUGUCUUUUUGGCGACACUGAAGUGGGCGCCAAACGCUUGACGUCCACGCAGAUUUCGUGCGAAGUGCCUCCUCACCGCCCGGGAAACGUUCGUCUGGCAGUGAGAGGAGCCACUGCCUUGGACGUUGCAAGAUCGGCACUGCCGUUCACCUUUCUGCCGGAUCUUUCCAUCGAGAAGAUAUCCCCCAGUCGAGGGACUGCUGCUGGCGGGUCUAAUGUCGCGUUGACGCUGUCUCAACCUGUGGAUGAAUUGCUGCAGAAUGGGAUGAUGGUGUGCCGGUUUGGGGCCCUUUCCACGCCGGUAGAGUCGGUUUUAGGUGCUCACGUCUCGUGCAUUUCCCCUCCUGGAAGGCAGAAUGAACAGGUUGUAGUGGCUAUUGCAGUGAAUGGUCAAGAUGUGACUGUGAACGGUGUGGGGUUCACGUACUUUGGCAGCCACGAGCUGAUCUCAAUUGAACCGCGCACAGGAUCUGUGGGUGGCAACGUGACUCUACGAGCGCGGCUGGAGAGUGCCGACUAUGGGGUCGGGCUCGCCUACCAGUGUGGAUUCGAAAGUGCUACGGGGGUGAUCGUGUUCUCCAAGGCAGACGCUCUGCUGACGGGGGAGUUGGAGUGCAGCGCAGUCUCUCCCUUCCCUGGUCUCCCCGGGCAAGUGUUCGUCUCGGCUUGGCAGAAUGGAGAGCGAUACUCGUCCAACUCGCGAUCGUUUGGGUUUGCAUUGGCUCCAACGAUCGACGAAGUGUCUCCAACUGUAAUACCCGAGUCGGGGGGAUCUGUGAUACGCGUCGAAGGCUCAGGGUUUACCGGUUACAAUGCGUUCUCGUGCUGGUUCAGCGAUGGCAGUAAAGUCGCCGCAUCCGUCAUAGCGUCUUCUCUUCUGGAAUGCAUCUCCCCUCCGAUUCUACCGGGAACUUAUUCGUUUGGGAUUUCUUGGAACGAGCAAGAACUCUUGACUUCACCCUUCACACUGAUGGUGUAUGAGCAAGUGUCGAUUGUUUCUAUCGACCCGACGUCGGGGUUCUGGAGCCAGCAGACCCAGGUCCGAGUGUUUGGGACAGGCUUCGAGCCCUCCGCCGGUCUAAGUUGUCGGUUUGAAGGCACUCUCACACCAGCCACGCACAUUAAUCGCACCGAGAUCCGAUGUCACGCUCCGGUGUGGUCAUUGCAAAACCUGAGUCGAUACUCCGUCGGGGUUAGCGUGAGCUUGGAUGGAACUACGUUCAUUGACUCUGAAGUGGCAUUUUUCACUUACCACGCUGCUGCAAAGUUCGACAGAAUUUACCCUGCGUCGGGCGCUGUAUCUGGCGGGACUCAGGUGCUGGUGCGUGGAGUGGUGGAUGAGGCGCUUGCGUACAGCUGCGUACUCAACGGUCACAUCGUCCCAGCGGUGCCACUGAAUUCUUCAACGCUGUCGUGCAUCACACCGGCUUCGGCUUCCCCACAGCGGGUUCAGCUGCAGAUUUCGGUUCUUGGCACCACUGUCGAGACGGAUUUCCCGUUCUGGUUUACCUACUACGACCUCCCUUCCAUCGAAUCAAUAUCCCCGUUGACUGCGAAGACUGUCGGUGGAGAGGAAAUCCUGCUUUCAGGCGAGAAUUUUAUAGCAACCAGUGCGUUACGGUGCCAGUUUGGGGACUCGGUCGGGAUUUCUGUCGUUUUCGUCUCUCCAACCACGAUUUUGUGCAUCGCACCACCUCGCAACGGUGCGGGGUACGUGGCUGUUGAGGUUUCGCUGAAUGGGGUCGACUACACGAGCAGCCGUCAAGCCUUGUACUACUACGACUACAUCGACGUGGAAGACGAGCAAGUUGAAGUUGACACUGGCGCCAGCAAUACCUCGGAUCCAGUAGAGGUCGAGUACGAAGCACCGAUUCAAUUAUCUCGCGCUUCUAUCGGGAAGCUCCCAGGUGAUGGAGAGGGGAGGGUGGCGACGGUCUCAGGCGUGAACUUCCUCAAUACGACGGAGUUAUCCUGCGCUUUUGGCGAACAGCUACCACCCGUUCGAGCCGAAUUCGCAAACUCCACGCUGGUGAAGUGUCCUAUCGAUGGCUCUGUGCGGCUUUCCCAAGUCUUGGUUGGAGUGAGCAAUAAUGGCCACGACUUCGUUUUCCUCGACAAAACCGUGGAGUAUGUAGAAAGUCCGCAUAUCACGGCGAUCUAUCCUACGUUCGGACCGGUGGAGGGCGGUACCCCCGUGCAGCUUACGCUGUCAAACACGGACGUGCUCAAAGAUGAAAACGUAAAGGUGUUCUGCUCUUUUGGUGACCAAGAUACACACGCGGUGAUGACCGAAGAUAACGUGGCAACCUGCGUCUCCCCAGGCGUGAAGCAGCCCUUGAGUGUACCCAUUUCUUUCUACUGGAGAUCAUCCGACCUCAAGGACCGGUUUGACGCUGAGAAGCAGUUCGCUAUUGAGUUUCAGUACUCCGUCUUCCCAGAGCUGGCGGAUGUUUCGCCCCCAAGCGGGUCGGUGGCCGAAGGAACAGUGGUGACUCUCUCCGGCUCUGGUUUUCGUGAUGGAAUGAGUGUGCGAUUUGGCUUGGGGCUUAAUGCUACCGAAGUUCCUGCCAUGUUCGUGUCGGGGUCUUUAAUUAUGGCGGACGUACCGGAGGAAUUGAUGGACGGUGUGACCAGUAUCGCCGUCACUGCCAACGAGGUCGACUACAGCAACAGUCUGACGUUCUACGUGCGCCCGCGGGCAGUGCUGCUCUCGAUCUACCCGUCGGAGAUUAGCGCCACAACUUCGGAGCAGGAGAUCACGCUCGCAAUCUACGGCUCUGGCUUCACGGAUACCGCGAGGGAGACGCUCAAGUGUCGAGUCGGCGACGACGGAGCUGUGAACGCGGCUAAAUGGGUCUCACCGGUGCAAAUCUCAUGCCCUGCGCCGUAUCUGGACGCCGGACUAUACAGCGUCUACGUAGCGCUCAACGGGGAGAACUUUGUGAAUGACGGCCUCAAAGUUUUCUACCAGGAGAAGUUCCUCGUCUACAGCAUCGCACCAACCUUCGGCGUGUUGGGGGGAAACACUCGCGUGCAAGUUUACGGGUCGAGCAUUCGUGGAGCAGCGAACACGUCGGAUCUGGUCUGCGUCUUCGGUACGAGACCUUCCCCGCUCGAGGUGAUCAACUCGAGUCUCGCCGAGUGCGUGACCCCAAACCAGCCCAAAGUCGGGUCUGUGCCAUUUUCUAUUGCUCGGCUCGCUGAUGUCAAUCCGCAGUACAAACCCCGAGGAGGAGGAGGAGGAUUGCAGUAUUUCUACCACAAAGUUCCGGUCCUUACGAAGAUUUUGCCCUCGAUGAUUCGCGCCUCUAACGCCUCGCCACUUCGCGUCAUCGGCGCCACCUUUAUCGACUCUUUGCUGCUUCUGUGCUCGAUUGGGGGCGUGUCUGUGCCUGCUAGAUACGUCUCUUCCAACGCUGUCGAGUGUCUACUCACUGAACACUCCAGCGAUGCGUGGCUCCCCGACUCAAUGCUGGACGUGGAGGUGUCCAACAAUGGGCAGGACUUUUCCAACAGCGAGCUGCAAGUUCUGGUCCAGGCGCCAAUCAAGCUGCUUGGGAUGGAGCCGACGCGGGGGAUGAUCCGUGAACGCACCGCUGUGAAAAUAUUUGGGGAACAUUUGUCCCCGCUGUACCAGAACUUGAAAUGUCACGUUGGAGAGACCCACCUUGUGCCAGCGACGAAUCUGGGCGAUGGGUGGCUGGAGUGCGUUCUACCAGCGUCGUCCUUCGCUACUACCGUCCACGUCUCGGUUUCGGUCGACGGAGUCGACUACACAGCGGACUCCCUAAAUUUUACGUAUGAAGACACCCCAGUCGUGUACUCGAUUUCCCCCCAAAACGGGUCUUUUGAAGGAGGCACACCCGUCACCGUAUACGGAGAGGGGUUCGCCCUACCAGGCCCUCUCUACUGCGUCUUUGGGUCGUCGAUCGUGCAGGCAGAAGUGCAGUCCUCUCUCGUGGCGAAAUGCGCGUCGCCCCCGUACUCCCCUCACUCGGAGCAAAUGGUUAGCGUGGCGAUUGCGAGGUUCGGUUCGUUGGCGACUGUGGCUUCCCAGGUGUAUUUCUCCUACGUUGACGUUGAGUUGCCUCACGUCGCGUCAACCAGUCCGCAAGUGGAUGAAGUGGAGACGUGGCCACCACAGGCGGCUCCCCCUUGCAGAAUUUACCUGAAAGGUGGGCCAAAACUUGUGAUGCCGCUCGUCAAGAGUGUGUCUCCAACCUCAGGCUCAGUCUUAGGAGGUACUAACGUCACGUUGAGCGGCCAGAACUUUACCACUGGGCCUCGAAUUGCGUGCAUCUUUGGGGGUGAAGAAUCGUUGGCAACUCUUGUAAAUGAUUCUGCAGCCUGGUGCAUCGUGCCUCCUCAAGCGCAGCCCACGACGAUCUACGUCCGCCUCAAGGUGUUCGACCCAGUGACUCCCGAGCAACCAGAGUGCGUGUCGGAGUCGCUCGCUGUCUUUGAAUACUACCGGCAGCUGGAGUUUAUCUCGAUGUUUCCAAGUGAGGGGCCGUCUACGGGGGGAACGGAGCUGAAGAUUUCCAUGGCAGGCGUCGUCGACUCCCCUGCGCUCUUCUGCGCCUUCACGAUCACGCUGCCGAGUCAGCCGCAGCCGCUACGAGUGAACGUUCAGGCUGAAUACCACAGCGACGACUUCUUGAGCUGCAUCACCCCCUCACUCGCCCUUGCGCUGCCUUCAUCGGGCGACAAAUGGUACGAGAACGCCACAGCAGUAGCGCGCGUGGAGGUUUCCAACAACGGCGUGGACUUUUUCGCCACUGGCAAGAGCUUCUCGUUCGUACCUGUACGAAGUGAAAGUGUUGUGGCUCAGGUGGAUCUCAAGUCGCUAGAAGUGACGGCUACCAGGCCACUUAAGGGCCCUCUCACUGGCGGCACACGUGUGGUGUUAUCACUGUCCUUUGCGUUCCCGGGCUCCGUGGUGUACUGCCAGUUUGGUGCUGAGGUUGUUCGAGGAUCGAUCACCCCGGCCACCUUUGAGGUGGUGUGUGUAUCGCCUCGCGUACGGAUUGAGGGCGCCGUUCGGUUGGCGAUUGGCGCCAAUGGAGUUGACUUUGAUGUGUACGCAGCCGAGUUCGAAUACGCUGUCGAUGCCUCAAAACGCUUCAUCUUGUCGCCUCUUAAUGGCUUGGUUAGCGGUGGCACUCUUCUUCAUAUCUCUGGGGCUGCGUUCGAUGAGGACGGUGGCUACACCUGCAAGAUCGGCACGCAGGUUGUCACCGCUAACUAUGUGAACGCAACGCACAUUGGGUGCAGAACUCCUGCAGUGGCCAAGCCGCAGGAGGUUCCAGUUCGAAUCUCGGACAAUGGCAUCGACUACUCGGAGUUCAACUUGUCUUUUGUUUAUGUGGAGCCACUGUUUGUUACGAGUAUUUAUCCUGCAAGCGGCGGCGUCGAUGGCGGUGAGCUUGUAAAUGUCGUUGGUGGCAACUUCACUGCCGGGGCGGAGGCUGUCACUUGUCGCUUUGGGAACGCGGUCACGACGGUGGCCGUCGAAGUCUCGUCGAAUUGCCAAGACUACUCGAACAGUGGCGUUGUCUAUCGCUAUACUCCAGCGCUGGUGGUGCAUUCUCUCGAGCCGAACCACGGCCCCUUAGCAGGUGGAACGGAGGUCGUCGUCACAGGCGCCAACUUCCAGAACUCGAGCAGUAUGCGCUGUAAGUUCGGCGAGCGCGUGACUCUAGCAGCGACGUUCCUGGACUCGACGCAGUUCGUGUGCGUGUCUCCAAGUGCAGCAGCGGAGGGCGACGUCUACGUGGAAGUUGCCGACUACGGGCUCUUCGGUAUCCUCAAUGGCUCGUUCUUCUCGAACAGCAAGUCGAUUUUCACGUACGACCGCGACUUGGCGACGGACUCAGUGUUCCCAUCGCAAGGCCCAACCACGGGGAACUUCUCCGUUCGACUCACGGGUGGGCCGUACCGAAAGACGGACGCGGUUCGCUGUAAAUUCGCCGAGGUUGUGGUGGUCGCUACGUGGGUCAGCUACGAUGAGAUUCUGUGCAUGGCGCCGCCACACUCACCCGGGGUUUUCACGCUCGAGGUGACUCGAAACGCCCAAGACUACGCGGAUACGCGGGUGCCGUUCCUGUACUACGCCGAGCAGGGAGUCCGCUCCAUCUCGCCCACAUUUGGUCCGGCGUAUGCGGCUGGCACGCGCAUUGACGUCGACGGCGUGGCCUUCGUGAACUCGUCGCUGCUGUCGUGCCGAUUUGGGUACGUCGUGACGCCCGGAGAGUACGUGAGUCCGACGAAAAUGCGCUGCACCACGCCACCCUUGCCUGAGCACAGCGGUGGACUGAUAGCGGCCCCUCUACCUGAGUAUCGGAAUCAAUUGGCGGACCCGAACGUCGGUAGCGUGUAUCUGUUCCCAGACGCGCACUACUACCCGCAGUACUUCACCCGCCUCGUGUCCGUAGAGGUGUCCAACAACCAGCAGGACUUCUCGCUCAGCGGCAUCAACUUCCUCUACUACCAGGACGAGACAGUCGAGGCCAUCGCCCCCACCCAAGCGUACGACAGCGCCGAGCCCCUCGCGAUCUUCGCGUUCGGCCGCAACUUCAUCAACACGACGUCGCUAUCCUGUCGUCUAGGGCUGCAGACUUUCCCAGCGACCUUCGUGACGUCAAAGCUGCUGCUGUGUGAAGUAGCGCACCCGAUGCCGUACGACGACGCUCGACGAGGAUCGGACAAAGUCCACGAGCUGAGCCAGCCGAGACACGCGCUCUUCGAGGUGUCCAACAACGGCAAGGACUUCACCAACAGCCACGUGGUGUUCGAGUUCCUCGGUGCGUGUCCGACGGGGUACUUCUGUCCGAGGCAGCUGCAGGGCAUAAGCGGCAAAAUACCGUGUCCGCGCGGCACAUUCUGCCCUGGAGUCGCCAAUACGGCCUUCACCUUGUGUCCGCGAGGAACGUACCAGCCCAAGACGGCCCAGUCCGCGUGUCUUCGGUGUCCUAUCGGCUAUCACUGCCCCCACACGGGGAUGCACGUGCCUCGGUUGUGUCCGGCAGGGUACGUUUGCGAUGUUACCGGGAUUGAAGAAGCCGACCAGCCCUGUCCUGAAGGACACUAUUGCCUCGAAGGCACAGCCACGACUGCGACGACAUGUACGCCCACCCCAAGCUACACGGGGAUGCUUAUCGCCUCUCCGUCUGCAGCUGAGAAGCCAACGACACUGCGCCGCCAGCGUGGGAAAAACCCGCUUGCCAGCAUUCAGGCGCGAAAGAGCGGCUGCUGGCGGAACGAGACGGAGGACUUCGGACUGCAGUUGAGCGCGCACCCUUCGCGCUUCUGGAUGGAGCUACGACAACUCCCUCUUGCUCCGGGUUCAUCCUUUGGUGGUCCAAUGCGCGGUCGGUUCUGCCUUGAUGACUCGUGUGUGAAGCUCGCGGACGCCGACAAUGUUCGGGUCGAGGACGCGUACUUCGACUACGCGUCGACGGACUUCGCUCUACGGCGUCCGGUUGCGUGUCCUCCAGGAACCUACUGCCACCCGGGAACUGUAGCCAGCAACUCGCUCAUGAAGAACUUCACGACUGCACAGCCGUGCUUCGAGUCCAUGUACUGCCCCGAGGGCAGCUCCAACCCGCGCGGAUUCGGUGAGUGCGCUCCGGGGUUUUACUGUCCGUUCGGCACACGGAUCCCCUGUCCUGCGGGGUCGUACUGUCCUCAAACGGGUCACAUCUCGCCGUUGCCGUGUCCUCCAGGGACUUUCAACGCCAUGAAAGCGCAGUCGAACUGCACGUCGUGUCCCGUUGGCUUCAUCUGUCCGGGAUACAGUCGCGUCAUGCCCGCGUUGUGUCCUCCGGGCUACGUGUGCAGCAAAACUUCGCUCGCGUCGCCGAAUAAUCUGUGUCCGAGGGGGUUCUACUGCCUCGAGGGCACAGCAACGUCCGACGGGUUCCGGAACGACACGCGCUUGAGACCGUAUCCGUGUCGACCUGGCACCUACUGCCUCAAAGGCGUCGUGGCGGACGAAGUGCGCGUUGGGGACUACCGCUAUCCGCAGAACUGCACUGCCGGGUUCUUCUGCGAGUUGGGGUCGUACUCGCCCAAAGGCUCAGGCCUCUGUCCUCCGGGCUUCACGUGUCCAAGCGGAACGGCAGCACCGAUUCCUACCGCCAAGGGCACGUUCGCUCAGCUGGAGGGCACCGUGUCGGCCGCCGAGUGUGCACCGGGAUACUACGCGCCCACGAUCGAGUCGACCGAGUGCGUGCCUUGUCCGCCAGGCACCAGCUGCGAGAAUGACGGCACGGCAGUCGCUAGCAUUUGUCCGCCAGGGUCAUAUCGAGGAAGUUUGACGGCGGAUGGUCUCUCGUGCCUCGCUUGUCCGCAGGGCACGUGGUCGAAGAACUGGGAGCUAAGAGGAGUCGAGGAGUGCCUCGAGUGCGCGCCUGGAACCGUGUGCCCCAUUGACGGCAUCUCGAACCCGUGCACAGUCGAAGAUCUGCCGUACGUCUACACGCCAGUGAGCGUCAACUUGACCUUCGCGCAGUGUAUCGAGCGUGGGUCCAACUACUUCUUCGGCGUGUUGCUCGAGCCUUGGAUCGACGAGUUAGGCCAGGGUGCUCACUUCCUGCCCGACCGCGACAACGGACGCUGCUAUGAGAACACGCAGCCUCGGGGGUCGGAUCUGUACCAGCGCUUUGCCGACUUCCACGGCGCGCUGUACGAGAUCAACUCAGGAGCGGGUGUGCCCCACCAAGGCUACGGCGACGACGCCCAGUAUCCUGCCCCAAACAUGUUCGCGCGUGGCUCGUUGGCCAUUGAUCUGCCCGUCUCGAGAGCUUACGACGUCGCGCGCAACUGCACGCCGGGCUUUUUCUACAAGAAGCAAUGGUACCCGGGCACUUGUGAAGCGGACAUCUUCUGCUCGGCGUCGGUGUGGUCCAAGGUCACGUCGGCAGAUCAGCUCGUGUCACAGGCUCAGUCGUGUCCCGAAGGAUACGUGUGUGAUUCAUCGACUACUGCAGACACGGCGUUCUCACACCUCUGUCCGGCUGGGUAUGUCUGCGGUGCUGGCACGACGCCCGAUCUGACGCUGGAUUCGCCCCGAGGACAGCUCCACGAGCUCUGUCCCGCUGGGAAAUACUGCGCGGCGGGGACGGCCGAGUCGCAGAAGGAGCGCUACGUGUGUCCGGUGGGCUACUUCUGCCCCACGGGCACAUCAAACCCUCUGCUUGGAGAGCUCUCGAACGAUGCACUGCGCCGACGGAUCUCGAGCGAGGACAGCAACCCCUUCCUGCACAUGAACCACAUGAAGUACGUGGGCGAGGGCGACAUCCGCAUGGUGUCUGCGCACGACAUGCGCUGCUUUGACGGCGUAGACGACGACCUAGUGGAGAUCUUCCAGCUGCGCGCGAAUCCGAACGACGAGAAGAAGACGAUCGUGGUGAACCGCGCGGAAGAGCGCAACCGCUUGUGCGCGCGCGACCACAAGUGGCGGACGGUGGAGCUCGCGCUUCGACGCAAUGCAUGUGACUGCGUGGCCCAGACAAAGGUCGUGCGCCGCGUCUUCCAGCUCUGGAAGUGCACGGUGGCGCCUUCAACCGCAAAGCCGACGGUCUACGAUCGCACGCGCUUUGGCUGGGCAGAAAUACACAACUCAGCUACUCAGUGCGCCUUCCGAGGAACUCAUGGCUCCAAGACCGUCGACCUCGCGCCGCUAGUAGCUGACGGUGGAAGUGGGGUAAGCUUCCAGACUGGGUGGACGGAGACCACGGCGGUGCACUCGUACGCAGAGCUUUACUCCUUGGUAGAAGCCAAGUACGCAGCACAAACCGUCCCAGUGGAUCCUUACGUAUACGACCUGCACCAUGCGAUGGAGCUUGUCGAGGCAUUCGGGGAGGAAACGCCUGCAUUCGCGGGCUUUGUCGCUGGCUCGAGCGAAGACAGCGACGAAGACUUGAUCAGGCUGGACGCGUGCGCGUGCUCGCAGAUGUUCAAGUGCCCGAACGGUACUACGUCGAUUGCAGGGUCCGACGACAUCUAUGACUGCGUGAAGACUGGAGACGAAGUGCUGCAGCGCGUGAGUCUAAUCCCGUUGACCAGCGAUCGUCUCCUCAACGGCUCAGACUUCCAGGAACUAACGGGAAUCUCUGGCUAUGGGCUGGGGAGUAUCUUGCUAGAGCCGUUCGAGGUGGCUGUCAUCACGAUCAACACCACGCAGCUCGAGCGGAAUCUCACGUACGGCGCGCACUACCAGAUAUCCGUGUACCAAGACUGCAAGCCUUGUCCGCCGCAGUAUAAGUGCGACUUGACCGACGACCCUCCUGGCUGCACGUACCCAGACGAUGACAACUCUACGGCCACGCGGUUGUACGAGAAAUGCAUGGAGACGUACGACGGAGACGCCUUCGUAUGCAACAACAUGCCCUUCUUCUGUGAGCGUAGGACGCUCCCGCUCGCUGAAGUCUCACGAACUGCUGCCGAUAGCGGAAGCAACGAAACCACCAACCUCGUAGGCUGCUGCUCGUGCGAGCGGCAGCAAAUGCCGUACUACUUCGAGGACGCCGCCGUGAUGGACCGAGGCUUCCCGGACAACAAACACGGCUAUCUACAAUUUAGUAUCGCCGCGCUUGAAGAAACAGAGAUCACUGUCGCGGUGGAGCUGGUGCAUGGGCUUUACAUGCGUGACUUUGCCGAAGGAUUCACUCAAGAUCGAUUCGACUUGACCGUGUUCACGCCGGGACGUGCCGACUACUCGCCGUCGAUGCCGUCCACCAACACGUUCCUAGCCUUCCUGCAAGAAUCCGACAUGGAGGAGCUCAUGCUGCCGCUUAAUCUGCCAGAACAGUACGGGAGAGUACCUGGGACGCUCACAUACAAGCACCAGGUCGCGACAACGCUUCUGAUCAACCGCAUGUCCGACAUCUUCGUUGGGGACCCGCAACUACCCAGCAAGCGUGGGUUCAUACGAAACUCCGAGCAAAACAGUGUUGGGGCGCUCGUGUCGGUGACUGACACCAACUCGAGUAGCAACGGCAGCACCGACUCCGACGCCGUCGUGGUCCCACCGACGGAUUACUUUGGACUGUACUCGGUACCGGACCCUUUGGAGAACAUGCUGCGCUCGGACUCGUGGUGGGCACAGGAGCUCGACGGAUUCGAGUUCCUGGCACUCCCAUACUUGCCCUACUUCUCCUCGUGCCGCGGAUUCGACUCGAACAUUUUCCUCUUCAAGAUGCUCGAGACCCAUCCAGACUGCACCUUCGUGGGCUAUGACCAAACCGUCGAGGUGGAUCAAUAUCCGUGGAGGAAGAAACUCACACCGAAUGCCGACAGGUGCUUGAUUCAGUAUACGGCGGAAGUAGCGGCGUCGACGACACUCAUCUCGUCCAUCUCGUCGGCGGCUUCAACGUUGUCGUCCUUCAGCAGCUCGGAAUCUUCGUCGGCGACGACGAUCAAGACUUUCACGCGAGGCGUGAGUCUGUCGUGUCUCUAUGAGGAAAAUCUCGAAGGUGGAGCCGAGAAACUGCGCUGGUACGAGGCGCCGACAGGAACCGUUUUGUUCUACAUCACGCGCGACCCCGCUACAGCGGACUCCUUUGUGGCCGAAGGAGACUUGACGACAACAGGAACCGGCUGGGGACGGUCAGACACGUUCCAGAGCUACUUGGACACCGACGCCCUCAUCCCCGUCAUAGUUGGAGAUGCUGGACAGACGCUGGCCGUACCGCAGGAGGUGUACCUCAAUCUGAGUUACUACCAGGUGACUCCGGGUCAGAAGAGAGUCGUGCAGGCCUUCGUCAACUUUGGCAAACUGUGUGCUGUGACCCGAUCUGCUGACUUGCUCGUGACUUUGGCCACGAAGGACAUUUACCCGUGUGCUAUCAGCAAGGCGACCAACCAGUUGGCGUCGAAAGAGUACAUGCUCCAGAUUUCUUGGGAGCCGCUCAACUGGUUCGAGCUCAUGAACCUCUUCCAGUUUACGGUGGACGUGUAUCUGGGCUUCUUCACGCUUGUCGCCAUGGCCAGCAUGAUGCUUGGGUUCGUCAUCUGGGUCAUCAAUCGCCUGUUCACAAAAAUGAAGCGGCCGCCGAAGUUCCGCAUGAAGCUUCUGCUCAAGAACAUCGCGUCACCUCCCCCGAUCGGCAUCUUCUUGGCAUCCGUCCCGAUAUUUGUAGCCUGCCUUCUCAUUUACACUUGGUGGCACGUUUUGGCGUCGAAGGACCCACUCAACACGCCAAACGCGGCCUCGUUCGAGGAUACUGCGGGUGACUGGCUUGAUCGGAUCUCGCUGGACAAGACGCGAGUGCAGAACUACAAGCGCGGUCGCGUGGGCUUGAGCUUGAUCAUCAUCGGGAUCUACCUGCUACUGCUCGGAUCAAGGUUGCUUGUACCGGAGACGCUGGACGCCAAGCCCGAAGACAACGCGUACAAGGAGAUGUCGAUCACGACGCCCUCGGAUCCGUUCUCAGUCGAGGCUGACAAAGACGAAGAAGAGGAGGAGAACGAGUUCUGGGACCCGCGCGCCUGGAAGCGAGCCAACUUCCUGCUCACGACUGUGUGCUUCAUGGUCGCCAUGCUGGUCUUCUGGGAGUUUUCGUACUCUCCGUCGUUCACCGAGAACAUCUACGGCUACCUUGUGUUCUUCAAGAUCUUGCGAACCGCGAUGGAGUUUGUGCUCGAGCAUUUCCUGCACGAGAAGCUGCUGGUGAUGCCGUUCGCCGUCGUGUUAUCGGCCUCGGAGAGCAUGAUGGCCAUGGGGUCUGCGGACUUCAUCGGCUUCACACUGUUUUACUUCGUCAACCUGACUCUGGUGAUGAUAGAGCACCUCUACACAGCGCCGCUACUCCGUCGCAUGCGCGCGUUGUGGCCCAAGUGGCGUCUCUCGAUGCGCCGCAGAAUGAAAAAGCGACGCCGACGGACUCGCGAGCAGAAAGCUCAGGAGGAAGCGGAGUGGGCGCGAGUCUGUGAGAAGAUCGACAACCAAGCAGCUGGCGUGGAGGCUGUGCUCGAAGGCGUGGCCGGGUACAGCGUCGUGUUCACUGAGCUCUUCAUCGCGCCAAUUCUCCUUGCCUUCCAGUCCUUCUUCAGCAACGACACCCAGAUGCCAGCCCUCUACGGCGUCAGACAGACCGAUCUGCUGUACUACGUGCUGUUCUCAGUGUUUAUCAUCCCCAGCAACUUCGUUCUUGGGGCUCUCCAGCUGAACACGAUGGAGCUUGCGCACGGGUGGAAGCUGUACGAGUACUCGGCGUACCAAAGACAUCGCUUCUCGACGCGGGACACUCGAUGGCCGCUAGGAUACACUUCGGCUGACGAGAGCAUCCAUCCUAGCUGUCAAAGCUUGGAUCUGCUCUGCUUCUCGUCGCAGCUCUACUUCUUGCUGAUCGUGUACUCCGCGGGCAUUCUGUUGAGCAUGUUGGGUUUGUCCGUGUGUCUGCGUGCCAGCUACAGCUUCUUCGGAGACCCGAUCACAUUCCUAAUCAUCGGCGUCGUGUACUUCAUGAUGCGAGCGCUCGAGAUCAGCUGCAUCCGAAUCGGUAACAAGUUGAAAGUCUGGAAGCCGCGCAAACUCGCCGACGGUACGCUGGACGAGGACCUUGCAGCUAAGCUAGCGCUAGGAGCUGGGAGGCAACUGGAGCUGGAGCGAGAGCGGUUGGAACUGCAGGCCCUCAACUCGGAGCGGUUCCGCCACCGAUUCCUGGAGCGUAAUCGGCCAUGGGUGCUGCAACACCUUGCAGAGCUCUUCACGCCGCGUACGUUGCAGUCGACCGACGGACCUGCCGGUGAUGGCCGCCCCAACUCGGAGUACAUCCGUGAUCUAUACCACGAACUCGUGAACAUGGGCGAAGGUCGGCGUUUGAAGGGCGAUCGGUCUGACAUCUCCUCGGACUCCGAAGACGACUUGGAGAAAAUGCGCCGAGCAUGGUCAAACGUGCCGGUGGAAGGUGCUUCACGUGAUCUGGCGCUGUACUGGUUGGCACGAGCUCGCAAGCGUCGGACUUUCGCAAAGCUUGUAGCGGGCAUCGUGGCUGCGAGUCGCCAAAGCGAGUGCGUGGUCUGCGGCAAAUGCGAGGACGGCGGAUACACGCUUCACGUGGAUCUGGCAGCGGAGGAAGGCGCGAAGGAACACGAUCCUCGGGCACUGGACCGACUCAUCGACGGCUUCGAGAGCGAGCUUGGGGCGCAAGAAAUGGACGCCGAUCUCUGGAAAGCGUACUUCCGGAAGCACGCGGCCUACGCCACGCUCUGCAACGUGUGCUUGACUGCCAGACAACAGGCCUUGGGAAGUCAGGGCAAGAAAAUCGCUGCGGGCAUGCGGAAGCUGCGCUCGGACGAAUUCUCCAGCGAUGAAGGCAGUGACGAAGAUGGUGGCGAUGCUCCGUUCGCCCCCAUUGUUGUUGCGCGCGGGUCCAUCGAAGGCCGCGUGCUCACGAAGUGGUUGCUAGCAGCCAGGAAACGACUGGGUGGGGCUUUCCCUCGACCGGAAGCUCAGGAGGAGAUGGAGCGAUACGCCCGCAAGCUGAAGCGAUCUCGUCGGCGCGCUGGCAAGAAGGACCAUGUUGACUCGGACGAAGAGGGACGAGAUCCGUCGAAACACUGGCGGCUCGAGUUGAACGAAGCAGCUCGAGCACUGGCAAUCCGCUGGGUCUGGGAAGCGCGGGACCUUCGGGACGCUGCAGCACGCAACGCCGCUGCAGAACUGCGAGACAAACUGCAGGCACUCAACGACCAGAUCGUGGAAGCCGACGACUGGUUCUUCGGACGGGAGCUGCGUGAAGCUGGUCUGGCGUUGCGUGACGAUGGCGCGCAGCUUGCAGAGGAGCAAGCGCGUGUCGACGAGGAUCUAGCGCAGAAGAUCCGCGCUACCGAACGGGACGUGGUGGCCUUCGUUGAGGAGAAACGCUCUACGAAUUCUGCAGAGGAGCGCGCGUUUGCCGAGCUCAUUGCCAAGGAGCGCGAGGACACCAAAACGCGAGUGGCAGCUCGCGAACUCGAACUGCUUGAGGCCUACAAACAAAAGGAAACAGAGUUCGCAGCCGCACAACGUCAAGCUCGUGAAGCCGGGGAAUUGGCUCCUGCGUUGGUCGCCGAGCACCGCACGUACCUGGCCAAGAUGGCUGAAGACAGACGUACCGAGCUUGAAAGCGUAGAGGAAGCUGCACGUACCAAGACUCAGCACAAGGAAGACGCGUUCGCACGGAAGCUGGCGCUGGCUGAAGCUGCCGUGGCGAGUCGACGGGCUCUUGCUCAGCAUCGCAUCCUUGCUCUUCGUAAAGAAGCUCGUGGAGUCGUUCGUGCUCGGGAGUUCGCGUGGCAGUCGAAGGCGCGUUCCUGGAUAGACCGAGCCUCUCGCAAGGUACAGGUGAAGCAGCAAGAAGAUGCCCAAGCUCAGCUCAAUGACAAGCGUCGCCGCAAGCGCGUGCUGCUUGCCACAUGAGCUAGAUUUAUAUAAUACAUUUUUGCUUGGCUGCUUGUUUGGUCCUUUGGUCGCUCUUAGUGCAGCAGAGUACAAUCCCAGUCUGCUCAGUUCUUGGACUUGGCGAGGCGCGCAACAGAGCUGGAGCCAAAGCGUGGCAACCAGAUCUUGAUCGAGCAAUCGGCUGAGGCCGAGGCCAAAAUGGGCUCAGUCGGGUGGAAGUCCACGCAAUACACCCGGUCAUUGUGGGCGUCAAUCUUCUGCACAAGCGUUUGAGUGUGCUUGCUUCCAUUUGCAUCGGCGGCAUGCUUCGUCGGCGUGACCUCGUGCAAAUAAAUGUGACGGUCAGCACUUCCAGUUGCAAGCAACAGCGUUUCGCGCGAUGAGUCCAUCGACCCGCGCUCGCUGCUUGGAUCAGCGAAAUCCUCUCCGUCGCCGUCCGUGAGCUUACGACGCGACCCGGAACCAGAACCACCACCCAGACCGCCUCCAAGCCGUCCGCGAGGCGGGAGCGCUAGCUUGUACUUGUAGCCGUCCCCACGGAAGAACGAACUCUUAAUCGGCCAGUUCUUGUUCUUGUGGCCCGUAACCGAGCACACCAACUGGAGUUGGUCGUUAUCACCGCUGUCGCUGCUUCCACCAGGACCA